AUGGGCAGAGAAUUCCACCCGGAACUUCAGACCAGAGUUCCUAGUGCGAAAGGGCUUCGCCCGACACUGCACCUCGGGGCCAUGCAGAAGCGCGGCACGACACUUCAAUUCAAGAUGGCUGCAGCAGGCCGCGUGCAGAGACGCUGCACCCGGCACUGUGAUCUGGAGCGUGAGACCCCCAUCACAGUAAAUUUCCAACGGGGCAUCUGGAAUUCAGGCCCCAGAACCCAAGGCCCCAUUCCUUUCUUUCAUACAGCAGCCCACCGAAACCUGGCCUCGAAGAUCUUCUGUAUAUGCUGCAAGUGCUGUGAGGAACCCAAUGCCACAGAUGACUCCAAGAUCCCCAGUCAAACCCAAGAGCUUCAGUCAUCAAAGUAUGGUAGGUACCAGGCAAAAACACCCUGCCUGACCUCUCGAGGCCUCAUUUUGCUCAUCCCCCUUCCUGCUGAGAUACCCUCAGAUUUCCUUCAGCUUUUGAUUGAAUCCUCCCCACAUGACCACGGGGAAUUACCACUGCCAGGUCUGCAGAAGGAUGAGCUUGACGGACAAAAUCUCAAGCAAGAUAAUGAAGCGUCCCACGUGAUUUGGGGAAACUCCCUGCUCCAUCCAGAAAAGAGAACAUCCUAUUUCAGCAGCAGUGAGUUUGAGGAUGUGAAUUCACAUAUUUCCAAAAGAGGAUUUCACAAGAGAAACCUAAGCCGCUACUCCCAGGAUCGCUGGCCGUAACAGCCAUGCCUCAUUGGGAGACCCUGAACAUUCUAGACGGCAGCCCCCUCGCAGGUCUCCGAGGCUGCACGGCUGCUGGAGGGUCUCCGGCAGGAAGGGGGCGGUGAACAGGGGCCAUGAAGACUGAUUCGGAAACUCCCCAGAGGAGGAGAAGACGUCUGAGCCAUCCCUGUGCCUCCAACAAGAGUCACUUCGGCUCCCGGAGAAGCCACUGCAGAGGAGCUGCCUCCAAUUAAAGUCCUUAGUUGCAUCUUAGGCCUGGGUCCCUCCCCUAUUCCCCUCUCCCAGCCCUACUGCUGAGAUUCCCUUGAAUAUAGAACAAUUAGAAUUAGGCAUCUCUUAUUAAGAAAUGAGGUCUGAUUCUAAAACACUUUCAGUCACUCCUUACCAACCUAAUGAAGUACUUAGGAGAGGCUGGUCAGCAAUGGGCAGCUAUAAAUAGAUGCUGGAAUAACUGUCUAGAGCUUGAGGGCACAAUACUGCUCGCCUAUUGUGGGACUCAAUUUGGUGCUCAGGGUCAUAGUGGACAGUGGGCCAGGUAGUGCACAACUCUGCAACAAGCAGCCCUAUAGUGAUGCAAUGCACAGCCCAUGCAGUUGUAGAAAGCUGUCUGUGCUAGAACGCAGAGCAUGCAAACGUAACAUGCCAGACACCCCAAGUGGCUUCAACUUUAGCCAGGGAGCCAGGCACAGAAGCAUAUCACUUCACCUUACAGACAACUUGGGGAUUUGGGGAAGCCUUCCUGGAAGAGAUGGUGCUUGAGUUUUUUGAAAGUUGAAAGGGAAUUAGCCAAGCAAAGAGGAGAGGGGAAUGGUAUUCCAGAAGGAGGGAACAGAAUAAGCAAAGUUGGAAAACAGAGACACAAGCUGGCAGCAGUAUAAAGUAGCGAACUUCGACGCUUGGAAAGACGAAAGUGAAAACCUAAGCCAGGGUGUUGGGAGAGGUGAGGGGGACAGAGCUUUAAGACCCUCGUAUCCAGAAGAAGAAAGUUGGACUCUAUCCAGAAGGUAAUGGGGAGCCAGGGAAGGUAAGGUUUAGGCAACAAAGUGACAUAGCCAUAUUUCUGGGUUUUGCAAUAUGAACAUGGUGAGUUGUUAAGACAACACAUUAGCACUCCCUGUGUCUGCCCCCAGCACUGAAGAGGAGAAUAAAGGAAGAUGAUGUCUUAUACCACAAUAUUAUAGAUUGAGAUUCAUACCUACAAUCGAAAGUCCAUCCUGGCUGCAAUUUGAAGGAUGUGCAAUUUGAAGAAGUGUGAGCAAUAACGAUAACAGCAGUGUAUAAAUCUGGUAUAUUUCUCUUUUCAAUGCUUUAUAAAUAUCAACUCACUUAGCAUAAUAACCCAACA